UGUCCCCCCUGCUGUGCCCCCCCCAGGAUGGCGAACCGGGGCCCGUCGUACGGGCUGAGCCGGGAGGUUCAGCAGAAGAUCGAGCGGCAGUACGACCCCGAGCUGGAGCAGCUGCUGGUGCGCUGGAUCCUAAAUCAGCUGGGCCCCGACACGGCCGGCCCCGCCCAGCCCGGCAGGGACGGCUUCCAGCAGUGGCUCAAGGAUGGCACCAUCCUGUGCCGCCUCAUCAACAGCCUCCACCCCCGGGACGGCCCGGCAGUCCCGAAGGUUCAGGGCUCGGCCAUGGCGUUCCGGCAGAUGGAGCAGAUCUCGCAGUUCCUGCAGGCGGCCGAGAGAUACGGGAUCGCCCCCACGGAUAUAUUCCAGACUGUGGAUCUGUGGGAAGGUGGGAUUGGGGUUAUGGGAUCGGGAUUGGGGUCAGGGAUGGGGCAGGGGCUGCCGCGGCUGCCACGGGGCUCUGUCCCCCCCCAGGAGCGCGAGGCGGCCGCGGAGGCGGAGCAGGAGCGGAUCCGCUGGGAGAAGGAGAAGGAGCUGGCCCGGCUCAGGGCCACCCAGCAGCGGGACCAGGACUGGCAGGCGCAGAGGGACGCCCUGAGGGCCCAGAGGAACCAGGAGGCUGCGGAUCGGGAGUGGCGGCGGAAGGAGCUGGAAAAGGCCCGCAGGAAGGCGCAGGAGGAGCAGCAGCUCCAGCGGGACCGCCGGGAGCAGGUGGCCCACCAGGAGCGCAGACUGGCCAUGCAGGUGGAGCAGGAGCGCCAGGAAUUCCAGAGGGUGCUCCGGGUGCAGCAGGAGCAGGUGGAGCGGGAGCGGCUGGAGCGGGAGCGGCGGGCGGGGCUGGCGCGCGCCCACGCCGAGGAGCUGCGGCAGCAGAUGCGGGAGCGGCGGCGGGAGCGGGAGCGGGAGCGGGCGGCCUCCCUCGAGGAGAGCCACCAACACCAGCACCAGGCCCGGCAGCGCCGCCGCAGCCUCGCCCGCCUGGGGCAGCUCAAGCUGCAGGAGCUGCG